AUGUCGUCCUCUGGUCAAAAACUCGAGGAGCAAGAGAGCCCUGACUCUCCUCGAACCAACCCCCUUGACGCCUACAUCCCUAUUCAGUCUCAACUCGUCCGUUUCCAGCAGGAACACCCAAGAGACGGCAACGCGCUCGUACUUCUGUCCAACCGUACAAGGGGCGUGAGGUCGUCCAUCGAGUACCACACGGCCCGUGCUGCCCACGCCAUCGAGUCGUUUCAGCAAAGGUUCGCGGGCAAGCCACUCUCUGGCCCACUGAUAUCCGCCGCCGGGGAACCCAAGCCUCCCCCGGAGCCCGAAAGACAUUGA